CUCCUCUGCUCACCCAGCCGCCCAGGUAGGGCUCCUCCCUCCUCUCCUCUGCUCGCCCAGGGCUCCUCCUUCUCCUCUCCUCUCAAUCUCCUCUCAUCUCAGCAGUGGUUCUGCAGUGGAAGAGAGGCACGCACGCCCAGGGAUAGAGGGGGCGCGCUAGCAGGAAGCUGAAGCAGGGACUCCCCAUCCUUUGUUUGUUGCCAGGUAUGGAUGCCUCUUGCUUCCUCUAUUUUAUAGUUUGCUGUUUGCUCCUGAUUAUGCAUAGUAGUUCAUGCUUCAAUCUUCAUGGCUCUCUAUUUCUUGUCGUUAAAUGUUAGUUCAUGGCUUAGGCUUAAUGCUAGUAGGGUCAGAUAGUGUACAACAUGGCUAGUAGGGUCAGACAGUGUACUUCAUGCAAAUGAUUGAUUGUGCAUUCUGCAUUGCAACAUGUAGGAUGUCAUCGGCGGCUUCCAAUCCAUCAGCUCAACCAGCAGUGGACAAGCAACCACUUAAGCGGAAUAGCGAUGACAUAGGGUGGGAGUAUGGAACUAUUGUCAAUCCAAAUGAUUGGAAUGUCAUAAAAUGCAAGUUAUGUCCUAUGGUUGUCAAGGCUGGGAUUUAUAGGCUUAAGCUGCAUAUUGCUGGUAGAAAAGGGCAAGUCCGAGCAUGCCCCAAUGCAACUCAAGAGGAUAGAGACAAGUGCAGUAAAGCUCUUGAUGAUUCUAGGAAAGUUAAAAUAGCUAGGCUAACAGAAAAACAAGAGGUUAUUGAUGUGGUUGCAGAUGAGAUGGAUGUUAAUGAUGACACGGGCCUUGAUGACAUUGGCAGCUCUCAACCAAGGACAAUGGGUCCUAUGGACAAGUUCACAAUGUCUCUUGACUCCAAUUCUUUGGGUUCCACACAAAAAAACCUUCGCCAACAAAAGAUUUCUGAACAUGUAAUGAAAGAAAGGUUGCAUAUAUUGAAGAGAUAUGUUGCUAGGUGGAUGUAUGUGCAAGGUAAAUGAUUUGUUAUCUUUUUACGUGUUAUCUUGCAUUCUUUAUCUUGCUUUCUAACUUUUGAAGGGGCUAAGCUGCUACUGUACUUUAUUUUCAGGAAUACCUUUCAAUGCCAUAAACUGUGAUGAGUUUGACCAAGUGUUGGAAGCUGCUGGCCGCUUCGGUCCAGGUGCAAAGAAACCUUAUCAACAUGAGCUGCGGGAGAAACUGUUGCAUGAGGAAGUGGAGGAUACAAAGAAGAUGAUUAAAGAUCAUGCACAAGAAUGGAAAAAAAACCGGUUGCUCUCUUAUGACUGAUGCUUGGACAGACCAAAAGAGGAGGAGCAUAAUGAACAUAUGUAUCAAUUCUGCCAUCGGUACAUAUUUUCUUGAGUCAAAAGAGGUUUCAGCUGAGUUACACACGGGGGAAAUGAUUUUUCAGUUUGUGGAUAACUUUAUUGAGAAAUUGGAUGCUGGUAAGGACCAUCUUGUGCAAGUGGUCACAGAUAAUGCAUCAAAUAAUAUGGCAGCAAAGGAUUUGCUUUAUGUCAAGAGACCCAACCUAUUUUGGACUUCCUGUGCAACCCAUACAAUUAACCUAAUGCUUGAAGGAAUUGGAAAGAUGAAAAGGUUCAAGAAUGUAAUUGAUUCAGCAAAAGGAUUGACCAUAUUUAUUUAUGCACACCACAACACUUUGUCUCUAAUGAGGAAGUUCACAAAGAAAAGAGAUAUUAUUAGGCCAGGUGUGACAAGAUUUGCCUCCGCUUUUCUCACUUUACAAAGCUUGUAUGAGAAGAAAGAGCAGCUAAGGAUGAUGUCCCAAAGUGAGGAAUGGUGUAAAAUUAGUCAUGUGAAGAAAAGUGCUAAAGGUGUAACAGCCACAUCCACAUUGGUGAAGCCAACCUUUUGGAAUGGUGUUUCUCUUUGUUUGAGAGUAUUUGAGCCAUUAGUUAAAGUUCUUCGCCUUGUUGAUGGAGACAUUAAACCAUCAAUGCCUUGGGUGUAUGGUGAAAUUCUUAAAGCCAAGGAAGAAAUUAGAGUGGCUGUAGGAAACUUAGACAAGACAGGGACUGGUUUGUACAAGAACCUUAUGGAAGUUGUGGAGGGAAAAAUGAAGAAAAGAUUGGAUUGUCCUAUUCACAUGGCUGCAUAUUGUUUAAACCCUUAUUAUAGCUACAAUAGUCCCUCAAUCUUUGACAAUGAGGAUGUGGUAGAUGGGUUUUAUGCAGCUAUUGAAACAUUCUACCAUGGUGAUUUUCAGAAGCAAAAUGAAGUGAUCAAUAAUGACUUUCACAAGUUUAAGGACAAACUUGGACAUUUUGGGAAAAAAGUAGCUUUGUUUGGCUGCAAGGAUCCUGAAUUCAAUCCAGCUAAGUGGUGGGCAAAUUAUGGAACACAAGUUCCAUUACUUCAAAAGUUUGCUGUUAGAAUUCUCUCUUUGACAUCAAGUGCUUCAGGUUGUGAAAGGAGUUGGAGCUGUUUUGAAGGGAUCCAUACAAAGAAAAGGAAUAGACUCACAUGUGACAGAGUUGACAAGCUUGUGUAUGUUAGAUUCAACCAUAUUCAUGCAAAGAGAAGAAUUAGAGCCCAAAAGAAUAAAAAGGCAGAUCCUCUUGUAGCAACCGAUGCAACUUUUGCUCAAGGAUGGAUGGUUGAUGGUGCUGAGAAGGAUGAAGAAGGGUCUGAUGUUGAGCCGGUGACCGGUCUCACAUGGAAAUUGAUUGCUGAGACAUGUGGUGCUGAAGAGGUCACAAAACUACGUAGGAGUGCAAGAUUGACUGUUGAAAGAGAGGUUGAAGACACACCGCUGUCUGAAACUGAAAGUGAAGAAGAAGCACCACAAGAGGAAGAUGUUGACUUUGAGUCGGAUCAAGAUGAUGUGAUCACAGCUGGAUAUGACUAUGAGCUAGAUGCGGAGGAAGACAAUGAUGGCUGAUGGGAGGCUUUAGCUGCCAUCAUCUAUCUUAUAUUAGCACUAUCUAAUUAUCUUAUCUAUUUGUCUAUGUUGAAAAUGAACUUAUGGACUAUUGCUUUUAUGCUUUGUUUGGCAUUUGUGAGAACUAUUUCUAUUUGUGCUUUGUGAAAGUGUUUGUUCUCUAUUGUGUCUAUCAACCUACCAUUUGUGCUGAAAGUUGUCCUUGUUCAGUGUAUCAACUAUCAAAUGGACCCUUAUACAUAUCACAUGGGCACAUACUAACAAAUCUCGCUUCUUUUUCAGGUACAUAUCUCAAAUUGGGACAAGGACAACAAAAGCUUCAUGUUUGCUUCAAAAAAGGUUAGGAAAAAAUCUUUUUUAUCCUGCUGAAACUAUGCUACAGUAACAUACCGUUUAGGCCGUUUAAUUCCGUCUAAACACGUCUAAACCUUAGACAGCUCCUCACCGUCCGUCUACCGUUUUCCGUCUAA